CAUAAUUAUUGUCCAGUUUGGAUUCUCAUUUUUUAGUUCGGGGGAUUAUUGUUUAAGAAAAGGAAAAAAAAAAAAAAGAAUUUCAAUCCAAAACAAUCCUUGAUCCUUGGAAGUACACAUGCAUCCAUCAACAUUCCACACCCAAAUCCUCUCCAUCAUCAAUUUCCGUCACUACUGAAACAAUUCCACCUUCACCCGACCCAGGCAAAGAACUCCCACCUUCGGAAAUUGAAGAUGGAAGUUCACGGAACGACGUUACUUUGUAUGGUAAUUAAGGAUGGCGAAGAGGAGCAUGCUAUUGUAGCGUCGGACUCCCUAAUGAGACUCGGCACUAUGAGAUUUCCAACUCCCUCGGAAAAAAUUUUCGACUUGGAUUCGUCCAAUAGUGUAGUUGCGGGUGCGGGAAAUGCUGAUUUUAUUAAGUCUACUGCUGCAGCCCUCGAGAACCAGAUUGAGGAAAACAGGGAAUUCUUGAAUAAGAGUGAUCCUAUAUUGGUGGCUCGCACAUUGGAAAUGAUGUUGUGUAUCCCGAAAUACAAAGGUGUGGAUGACACAAUAUUUAUUAUUGCUGGAUGGCAACCGGAAGAGGGGCCUCAUGUGUAUGUGAUAGAUUCCAAAGGGUCUAGGUUGUUUGAACAGUUUAAAAAUUUCGGACCUACUGGAUUUAAGCAUCUGCUUGGAAGUGGUGCAAUGAGGCAAGUAAACCACUAUCUCGACCAGGGGUACAGGUAUGAAAUGAGUCUCCAAGAAGCUCUUGACCUAGCAGAAUCUGUCAUUUGCUUCGCGUCGACUUUGGAUCGUGGUACCGGUGGCCUUGUCCAUGUGCGCUAUUUGAGUAGGAAUACUUUGAGACGUCAAUCACCGCGAGACAUCGCCAACUUAGUUGAAAACAAGUACAAAGAGGUCUUUCAGCAGUUCUUGAAUGGCGGUUAUUCUUCUAUGGAGGAAUAAAUGGGUCCAUUUGCCUAUUUGGGGAAGUUCUGAUUUCGGAAAUUAUCAUGACCUAUUGUGACGAUGUUGAUGUUUCUAUGUAUAAUUAGCUAAUUAAUUGUGACUUUAAUUUCAGGCUAAACCUUUUAGUAUACGGUAUUAUCUUAUUUUGAAAUUUACCAAAACUUGCUUGGCUAAGUUAAGUGGAGUAGUUAGUGAUAAGGUGCUUUGAUUUGCCUCAGCAGGGACUUGACCUUUUGGAACUAAACCAUUUCUAAUGAUUUGGUUUACAUUCUCAUUUUUGUGUCAGGGAGUUUGGAAUGUGUUAAAUAUUGGUUGAUUUGUGUACCCUCAGAUGAAUGAUUUCUUUUAUCGCAUGGAGUAUGAAAUGUGUUUAAUCUUCG